AUGAUUCAGCACCCCGAAAGCAGUCACAUCGAUCCACUGGAGAUCACUUUGAAAGAAGAACAGGCUCACUACACUCACAUCGAGGCAGAAUCGGAUGGUAAACCCUGGUACGCCAACAUCAAGGCAUACCUGGAGAAAAGAGAAUGCCCACCUAACAGUUCAGGAAAUCAGAAGAAGACCAUCAGGAGGUUGGCCAAUGGCUUCUUCCUGAACAAAGAAAUACUGUACAAAAGGAAACUAGACCUUGGGUUACUCAGAUGUAUGGAUGCCGAAGAGGCCACGAAGCAGCUGAAAGAGAUUCACGGAGACGUGAUUAAGGUUCCUCCAACGGAGCUACACGCAAUGAGCUCACCUUGGCCGUUCGCGGCAUGGAGGAUGGAUGUCAUCGGACCCAUCAAGCCACCGGUAUCUAACGGACAUCGUUUCAUUCUAGUCGCCAUCGACGAUUUCACCAAAUGGGUAGAAGCCACCUCUCACAAGUCAGUAACCGAAAAGGUCGUGGCUGACUUUGUGAAGAACAACCUCAUAUGUCGCUUCGGUGUGCCAGAGUCCAUCAUUACGGACAAUGGAGCUAAUCUGAAGAGUCAUUUGAUGAAAGACAUCUGCGAACAAUUAAAGAUAACUCAUCGGAACUCUACUACCUAUCGGCAACAGAUGAAUGGAGUCGUAGAGGCUAUCAACAAGAACAUCAAGAGAAUCCUUUGGAAAAUGAUUGACAACUACAAGAAUUGGCAUGAGUAG